CGUGUGUCCACCUGUGGGAGUGUGAUUGCAGUGCAGUAAUGUCAAGGCUGGGCUUUACACAGUCAACAAUGGACGCUCAAAUAUUUUGACUUUUUUAUAAGCAAUCACACAGAGGAAGUGUGGUGACACAGGAAAUAGGGCCAUGUCACGGGGGAAAAAGGAGCUCUAUUUUGUGGAUACUCUGCGCAGCAUUUCAAAGCACCCCAUCGCUGGUGUGACAAAACUCCUUUAAAAGCACAGCUGGACUUUUAAAAGGGCCUUCUACAUUUGCCCCAAGGGGGGAUGAAAGUGUCCUGGAUAGAGCAGCAGAAAGAUAUGGAGUCUGGAGAGCGGCUGGCCUCCCCUGCGCCCACCCUGUCUGCUGCUCGCACCUCCUCCCCUGCGGCCUCUUCCUCCUCCUCCUCCUCUUCAUCAUCCCCUGCUCCCCACUCUAAGAGCAGCCUGGCCCCAAGCCCCUCGCCACUGGGAUCCACCCUCACCACCUCUGGCCGUAUGUUCGGAGUAGGAGAGCAGCCAUUCCUUGGCUCCACAUUGUCAAGUGCCUUCCCUCUGGUCAACCACCCAGCUUUCGGGGCCCUCUACAGUGCCGGAGCUGGCCGGCCUGAGUUCGGGGGCCUGGGGUCCCUGGGCAUGUCAGCCGCUCUGGCUGCCCACCCCCAGCUAGGAGCCCUCUCUGAUUGGUGGCGAGCUGCUGAAGCGCAUGGACGGGGAGCCGCUGCCUUUCUCCCCUCUUUCAUCGGCUUCCCUCCUUUCUACAGCCCUCACAUUCAGCCCAACCACAUCGUCAGUCCUGUUCAGAUCAGGAUGCCCACCAAGAAUAGCCACGCUCCCCCUAAAGGGGUGAAUGGAGCAGUGAAUGGCAGCGGGGUCUGCCCUCCCACAACACAAUCAGGGAGCUUUUCUGCGAGUCCAGCUCCUGUCCAGGCAUCAUCCAAGCCAACCAAAAAUUCAAACCCGUCUAACAGUCACCGUAGCAGCCCUCAGAGCAAACCUGCAGAGUUGGUGGAAAAGCCCAUCCACAAAACUAAAGAGAAGAAGCUGCGCAAGAAACCCACAGACACUGGUGUGGCAAGCAACAGUGAGUCAGGCUCAUCCUCAGACAGCUCGAGUGACGGGUCCCUCAGCAGUGACCUCGAAGAUCUGGCAGAGGAUGAUGAAGAUGACGAUGAUGACGAUGAGGAUGACGAAGAAGAGGACAAACAGAGUGAAUUAUCAGACACUGAGAAGCGGACAAAGAAGAAAACAAAGGUUUUGAUACCAAGCACUGGAAAGACUGAACGACUCCUCUCUAGGGAGCCCCACCCACCAAACCUUGUGUCCUUACCCUGCUCUGCCUCUCCCCCGGCCCUCUCCCAAACCUCGCCGCUGGCCCUCCACAGGUCCCGCACUGAGGGGCCACAGCAGCACUUCAGUGUGAUCCAGUCCACUGGCCUGGCUGCCAGCUCUAAGCCCCUGGCUCUCCUCUCUCAUCCCCGUAGGGAGUCUUCUCCAUCUUCCUCCCCCAUAGCCCUCACCACGUCUCCCAAACCUCCCAAACUGCUGCCCUCCUCCUCCCCCCAGCACCUGCCCCUCUCCCUCUGCUCCUCCCCUAAGCCUCUCUCCGUCCCCUCUCCACCCCGCUCCACACUUCCCCUUUCUACCUCCCCAAAAUCUUUUGGUUUUGGAUCGACCUCAUGCGUAACAGGCUCCCGGAAGUCCUCGCUGAAGCCACCUCGGAGAUCUGCUUCUGGCUCUGCGAAAUCCAGCAAACAAAGGAAACAGCUCGAGACCUCCCUCACGCACAUCAAUGAGUUCAGGCUUAAACAGACUCUCAUGUCCCAAGGGCAGACGUUCCCAGCUGAGCGUAAGAAGCCGCAGCAGGGGCCAAACAAGUCUCCCAAGAGGACAUCUCUGUCUUCAUCGCCAUUGCCACUCGCUCCGCCUCCUCAGAACAAUCACUCCAACCUCUUCCUCUCCAGCGCCCUGCUGGGGCUCCCUGAACCCCACCACCCCAAUGGAGUCAUCCAAAGCAUCACUCAGGACACACCUUUGGCCCUCAUCACUAAACCUCGCAAAGAAUCUGCCUCUCAAGGCAAGUCCCCUCAGUGCGACUCCGAUCCUGGGUCGAUGCCUGUCAAUCUGAGCACAGGGGCGAGCAGGACCCACGGAGGGGCCCAGGCCGGACCCCCGACACAGGCCUCCACUACCUCACCCCAUGCCACAGGCCAUGGAUCCAGAAAGAACAAAACCUCCAGGGGCAAGGGACAGACCCCAGUGCUGGGACAGGGACAGGGACAGGGACAGGUACUGGGGCCCCCAGACCCACUAGCUGCCUGGAAGGGCUUCUCUCAGAACCAUCUGGUGCAGUCUCUGGUAGAUUUGUUUCGUGGAGGAGAGCCCGGGAUCGGUAUCCCCGGAGUGAGUAUCCCCGGAGUGAGUAUCCCUGGAGUGGGAAUUCCCGGAAUGGGGAUCCCUGGGACAUGUAACCCCACAGCUGGUCUCCCGGCUAACAAGGAAUCUGACGACUCGGCAGAUGAUGAUGAUGAUGACGAGGAUGACGACCUUGAAGAGGAGGAUGACGAAGACUCAGAUGAUAGUCUCUCAGAAUCUGACAGCAACUCAGACAGCGACAUCUCUGGCAAGAAAGUGAAGGAGUUGAAGUUUCCGUCUGGAUCAUCUAAGAAGGAGAUGAGCGCGCGCAGGCUAACCAAAGGCACAGAACUACUGAACACCUCAACCAAUCACACCGCCACCAGCUGCUCCCCCCUCAACCUCCAGGUCAUCAAGUCUCCCUCCAUUGUCACCAGCUCCAGUGCCUUGGCCUAUCACAGCUCUCCAGGCUCUUCCUCCUACAGCCUGGCCUCACCUCUAGGAUUAGGGAAGAGGAAGAGGGUGAUGGAUGAGAAGGAGUUGAUGAUACCUCUGGAGUUGGGGUGGCGAAGAGAAACGAGAAUCAAAUCAGUGACUGGGCGGCCGCAUGGUGAGGUGGCCUACUACGCACCGUGUGGCAAGAAAAUAAGGCAGUACCCAGAUGUGAUGAAGUAUCUAUCCAGAAAUGGAAUAAGUGGCAUCACGCGCGAUAAUUUUAGCUUCAGUGCAAAGAUAAGGGUUGGUGACUUCUAUGAAGCCAGAGAAGGACCCCAGGGUUUACAGUGGAGCCGUCUGAACGAGGAGGAAGUCAUUCCUCACAUUUUGGCGAUGGAAGGUCGUAGAAGUCGCCCUUCUACAGAGCGCCAGCCAAGGGGCGAAGGUGGCAAAGGGUCCCGACGGAGGAAGGGGCGGCCCCCUAAUGUGGGCGAUCCCCUGGUCCCCGAGGGCCCCAGUCCCAGUGAGGUCAAACUCCUGCGCAAACUAGAGGCUCAAGAAAUAGCGCGACAGGCUGCCCAGAUGAAAAUGAUGAGAAAAAUGGAAAAGCAGGCAAUGGCGCGUGCAGCCAAAGAAGCUCGGAAACAACAAGCUAUCAUGGCAGCAGAGGAGAGAAGGAAGCAGAAAGAGCAGAUCAAGAUCCUCAAGCAGCAGGAAAAGAUCAAGCGCAUUCACCAUAUUCGGAUGGAGAAGGAAAUCAGAGCGCAGCACAUUUUGGAGGCCAAACGGAGAAAGAAGGAAGAAGUUGCCACUGCCAAAAUAAUGGAUGCUGAAAAGCGUAUAAAGGAGAAAGAGUUGAGGAGACAGCAGUCGGAGAUUCUCAAACACCAGGAGUUGGAGAGGCAUAGACUAGAUAUGGUAUGGGAGAGGGAGAGGAGGAGGCAACAUGUAAUGCUGAUGAAGGCUGUUGAGGCUCGCAAGAAAGCAGAGGAGCGUGAGCGCUUGCGGCAGGAGAAAAGGGAUGAGAAGCGCUUGAACAAAGAGCGUAAACUGGAGCAACGGAGGCUGGAGCUAGAGAUAGCGAGAGAACUGAAGAAGCCAAAUGAAGAUAUGUGUCUGUCUGAUCAUAAGCCUCUCCCUGAGUUCUCCCGGAUUCCUGGACUCAUCCUGCCGGGACGUGCCGUGUCGGACUGCCUGAUGCUGAUGCAGUUCCUGCGGGGCUUCGGGAAGGUUUUGGGGCUUGAUUUGAAUUCCGACGUGCCGACCCUGGGCAUGCUACAGGAAGGCUUGCUCAAUGUGGGGGACAGCAUGGGCCAGGUUCAAGACCUUCUGGUCAAACUGCUCUCUCUGGCGGUCUGUGACCCUGGUUUGCCCCCAGGACAAAGGACAAAAACCAUGCUGGGGGACCACCUGACCAACGUUGGCAUCAACAGGGAUAAUGUGUCUGAGGUGCUGCAGAUGUACAUGGGGGCCCAUUGUCCCAACACAGAGCUGGCCCCUCUGGCCCUCAGCCUGAAGACCAAGGCCUUCCAGGCCCACAAGCCUUCCCAGAAGGCCUCAAUCCUGGGUUUCCUGGGCAACGAGCUGGCCUGCAGCAGAGCCGUCAUCAGUGAGAUUGAAAAGAACCUGGACCAAAUGGCAAACAUGAGGAAGGACAAGAUCAUUAUGGAGGGAAAACUAAAGAAGUUGAGGACCAUUUAUGCCAAACGGACUGGGAGGAGGGAGGCCAGUAUGGGCGUGGAGGAGAACCAGUCUAUUGGCACGCCAUCCUCUGCCACCAAACGCAAGAGGAAACUGGCGGGAGACAGUGACGAUGAGGAUGACGAGGAUGAUGACAGUGAUGACCAGGCAGAGGAGGAUGAGGAUGAGGAGGAGGAAGAAUUGAAGAAGGUGAAAAAAGUGGAGACCUAUGAUGAGGAUGAAGUUGAGCAAGCCACCAGUCUGGACGAGCUGGAGAAGCAGAUAGAGAAAUUAGCCAAGCAACAUCAUCAGACCAGGAGAAAGCUGUUUGAAAUAUCACAUUCUCUUCGCUCCAUGAUGUACGGCCAGGACCGCUAUCGCCGCCGGUACUGGGUACUUCCCCACUGUGGGGGGGUCUUCAUUGAAGCUAUGGAGAGUGGAGAAGCUCCAGAGGAAAUGGAGGAGGAGCGACAGAGGAGGAGGAGAGCAGCAGAGGAGCUCAAGGUCAAAGAGGAACCUCAGGAGAUGGAAUUGCAGAAGGAGAAACCCACAGACCUCGAUGGGCAGAGCACUCGGACGCAAGGCUUGGAGUCAGAGAAGGAAGAGGAAAAGGAGCAUGAAGGGAAGAAACACUCCCCGGCGCUCUUCUACCAGCAGCCAGGCUGUGUAACCAAACUGUGCACAUUCCGGGACGUCAACAAGGACGUUGGCGAGGAAGCUGUGACGGCAGAGGAGAAAGAGAGUCCCCAUGUUGCUACAAGCACAGUAACACCAUCCUCGCCCACUCACAAUACCUCUGAGCAGACAGUAGCAACACCCACCUCCAUGGUGACCACUAAUGACACUACCAACAUCCCUCCCCCAGCCUCAACCUCACUAUCUGCCCCACGUGAAUCCCCAGAAACCACUCCUCCAACCUCGUCCCCCGCCCCACCUCCGUACAUCUCAUUCCAACCCAACGACCAGCUCCUCAGAGUCCUGACGGAGAGGAGCGGACACUGGUUCAGUUUGCUCCCUCGCAACCCCUGUGACCUCACCUCCGUCACCACACCCCCUCCAGGAGCCCCCCGUGUGUCUCCUCAGGCGUCCUCCACCCCGGCCGGGCCCAGUUCCCCACCUAAGUCCCCCGCCCUGCCUCUCACCCCUUCCGCCGCCUCAGCCAGCCCACACCACCCAGUUGGCCUCCUCAACUACCCGCUGUCUGCCCUGCAGGUGAAGUCCAGUCCAUUGCUAGGAGUUUCUUUCGGAAGCUGGCCCUGCGGCAUUAUAAGUCCCAGCCUGCCUCUGUGCAGCAGCCCCAUUCCCAUGCUGGGUCACUCUCUGGAGGGCAACACCACAGCAAGUGUCUCCAGCAAGAGCGAAUCACCUUUACCGUGCGUUGAGAAAACCUCAUCCAUGCCCUCCCCUGCCCUGGAGAUGCCCAAAUCCCUGGACCACGCCACACCUCGGCCAAUUCCAGAGGAGCUGCUGACAGGGUGGUGGCGGGUGUCUGACAUCUACCAGCUGAGGGGUUUAGUCGCAGCUCUCCACAGCCGAGGCAUGAGGGAGAAGGGCCUCCUGAGGCAAAUGCAGAAAUACACAGAGAUCGUCCCCCAGGUCUGCACCAAACACAGAGACGUGGCCAUGAUCGAGCUGCAUGAGCUGGAGGAGAGCCAGGUGAGCGUGGAGUCUGUGCGAGGCUGGUGUGUGGAGGAGCAGGCCAUGGAGAUGGACAUCGCCGUGCUGCAGCAGGUGGAGGAGCUCGAGAGGAAGGUCACCUCCGCCAGCCUGCAGGUCAAGGGCUGGACAUUUCCGGAGCCUCAAUCUGAGCGGGAGGACCUGGUGUAUUACGAGCACAAGCCCCUCACCAAGUCCACGGCAGCGUCAGCGCACGCGGGAGACAAGGACUCCAAAGACCAUCCAGAGGAGCGGGGGGAGAAGGGCAGGGUGAUGCGUCACCUGGACAACCCGUUGGACAUAGCAGUGACCCGUCUGGCUGAUCUGGAGCGCAACGUCGAGAGAAGGUACCUGAGGAGCCCCUUAGGUACCACCAUUCAGAUCAGGCUGGAUAAUGUCGGUACGGUCACUGUCCCUGCUCCCGCCCCAUCCACUAGUGCUGACAGGGAAGGUGGUGAGGAGGAGGUGGCCCAUGGCAUGAAGGUCUGGAGGAAGGCUCUGACUGAAGUGCGCAGCGCUGCACAGCUGGCCAUGUGCAUCCAGCAGCUGCAGAAGUCCAUAGCCUGGGAGAGGUCCAUUAUGAAAGUGUACUGCCAGAUUUGCAGGAAGGGGGAUAACGAGGAUCUCCUCCUGCUGUGUGACGGCUGUGACAAAGGCUGCCACACUUACUGUCACAAACCUAAAAUCACCACCAUCCCAGAGGGAGACUGGUACUGCCCGUCCUGCAUAUCUAAGGCAAGUGGUCCAGUUCCCAAAAACAAAAAAACUCCAAGCAAAGCAGUAACAUCCAGCGGGGGAGGAGGUAAGAAAGGUGGAGAGGGGAAGAAGAACGGGAAGCAGGCGGGUAGCGGGGAGGCGACGGAGGAGGAUCCGGCCAGCGCCAGCAACACGCCCAAGAAGGGAGCAAAAGACACCAGCAGGAAGAGGAAAACAGAGGAGAGCUCACCUGCUCCGCCAGCAGCCAAUCAGGAAAGCCCUGUGUUUGUGAAGAGAGCCAAGACAGCCAGAGACAACAACAGGGACCUGGGUCUGUGCAGGGUGCUCCUUGCUGAGUUGGAACGGCAUCAGGAUGCAUGGCCUUUCCUCACACCCGUCAACCAGAAAUCAGUCCCUGGCUAUAGGAAGGUCAUCAAGAAGCCCAUGGACUUCUCCACCAUACGUGAGAAGCUUGUGAACAGCCAGUAUCAAAACUUGGAGACUUUCAUCAUUGAUGUCAACUUGGUCUACGAUAACUGCGAAAAAUUCAAUGAAGACAAUUCCGAAAUUGGUCGAGCUGGUCACAACAUGAGGAAGUUCUUUGAGAAGCGAUGGACUGAGCUUCUGAAACAAACAAACUAAACGUCUGUUCAGAUCCCCCUCCCAUAAAUCCAUUAAACUCUUCAUUUCGGAGCACCAGGUUUUACUUUAUUUUUAUUUUCUGAUGAAGAAUGUGGCUUUGCAGGAUGGAAGAACAAGUCAAAUUCUUAAUAAGGAACCAUGGUGUGCUUAAGAGAGAUGACACCUUGAAAAAACUAAAUGUCAUGUUAUGAGGUGUGCUGAAUUUUAUUACAACAGGGCCCCAAAGAGUCCCAGAGAAACGGGGUGUUGUAGUGCAAUACCAUUCCCUGUCUCAGAACACUGCACUGAAUUAAUCCUCAACUGUCACUGAUAUGUCGGCGCUAGAAUACUUUCCACUACUUGUACAUAGUCUUUUGUUAUUUAAUCGUAUUAUAGUGAAUGUAUUUAAUUUUGUAAUAAUUAUUUAUGAAUCAAGGUCCACUUCAUUUUCUAUGAAAAGGAAGAAUCAGCUGAACUGCUUCGAAUUGAAAAAAGGAAUGUGUCUUUGUGUUUUAAUUUUUCUCCCAAAUAUCAAACAAAGCCAAGAAAAAAAACCCUGUUUACACUGUUCAGUGCUUUGGAGCAACAGAGGACUGCAUUCAUUUGUUCAGACUGUAAAACUGCAUUUAUUCACAGGAACAGCAGAGGAACAGUUAGACAAAGGUGAUUCAUGUGUAUAUACUGUUUAUUAAUGUCAAUAUUAUGUCUUGUUUGGAACGAUGUGUAAAAAUUGUUUAAGAAUAUUAAGAUAUUGUUUAUGCCUUAGAAUGAUUGUAGCAUUCUAUUUUAGUGAACGUGAUGAAAACAUUAUCAUAAAUAUUGUUUGUACAGUAUAUACAUAUCCUCUGCAAACACUGUGGUAUCCUUAAUCUUGGUAGUGCCUACCCUUCCAACAGGGGCAUGUAGGGGAUGUUAUUGUUUUAGUUUUCAUUCUUAUGACAACGUUAUUUUUUAUUUGAUUUCAAUCCAACAAGGCCUCCAGAGUUGGACAGCGAUACAGAAAUCAUUCCUCUCCAUAGCAGAAAAAAAGGAAACACAAGCAUUCAGUUAUGCUUCCAUGAUGCAUUUCCUCGUAAUCUGCCACAAUACAGAGGACCUACGGCCAUUUGUAACCACUGUGUUGAACCUUGCUGUGUGUUGUGGCCUGAUGGAGGCAGCUAGAUUUUUUUGUACGCAAGUCAAGAUACUUGAAGUUACUUUAUUUAAAUAUUGUGGAAUAAAAGUAUCAUUCUUUUGUAGGAGCUUUAUUUUUCACUAGUGUGUGGCACGGACCUAUUAAAAGGAUGUUUUUCAACGUA